AAAUAGCCUGCAGUCUCCUUUACUCCUUUCAGCUGGUCAUCUCUGAAAGGGACGUGUGUGAGCGAGGAGACACGCCCGGGACAGAUGAGGGCAGCUAGUGUCCAGCCCUGUGUACAGGAUAGGCGGCUUGCACGUGUGUGCAGCACCCUCUCCUGUAAAAGCAGCGUAUGCAGAUGGGCUAGCCACUGAGCUCGGGUGGUGGAAGCCAAGGAGGGCACGUGUCUGUGAAGAACAGCAGCGUUGGGUUUGCCCCUUCACAGCCUCUCCAGAUUGCGGAAAAGAAGAGGGGGUGGAGGCUGCUGUGAGAGGGAAAAGAAAAAGAAAAAACAAAACCCAGCCACAACUGCUAUUAGAGAUUGGCUCACCACCCAAGUGGAAGUACUGUGGCUGCUGCCCAGAGCACACAGGAGGCACCAGCGGCUGGGGCUCAGGAAAGGUCUCUCUAGGCAGUAGCCAUGGCUUGGCCACCUCCCUACUGGCUCUGCCUGCUGGGGACCUUGGUAGGGCUCUCAGCUACCUCAGCUUCCAAGAGCUGCCCAGCCAGACAUUACCGGACUCCGGGAGGACUCUGCUGCCAGAUGUGCAAGCCCGGCACUUUCCUUGUGAAAGACUGCAGCCAGAACAGAACAGCUUCUCAGUGUGACCCGUGCCUACCGGGUGUCUCCUUCUCUGCAGACUACCAUGCCCGGCGCCACUGUGAGAGCUGCAGGCAUUGUAACUCUGGUCCUCUCAUUCGCAACUGCACAGUCACUGCCAAUGCCGAGUGCGCCUGCUCCAAGGGCCUGGAGUGCAGGGACAAGGAAUGUAUGGAGUGUGACCCUCCUCGAAAGCCUGUGCUGACCUCACACCCUCCACCCACCCACCUACCUUAUGCCCAAGUGAUGCCGGAGCCCAGGACGAUCUGGCCUGCACACACCAGGCAGCCUCCUGACUCAGCUCUCUACACCCACUGGCCAUCCCGAAGACCCCUGUGCAGUUCAGACUGUAUCCGAAUCUUCGUGACCUUCUCCAGCAUGUUUCUUGUCUUCAUCCUGGGAGGAAUCUUGUUCUUCCAUCAAAGAAGGAAUCACGGAUCAAAUGGAGAUGACCAGGCGGAACCUGAAGAGACCUGUCCUUACAGCUGCCCCAGGGAGGAGGAGGGCAGUGUCGUCCCCAUCCAAGAAGACUACCGGAAACCUGAGCCUGCUUCCUACCCCUGAGCCAGCAAGGGGUGGGGUCCUUU